CGCAUGGGCAUGACAGCUUUUCACUUUUCACGAUCGGCAACUCCUGGCCGCACCAACACUAACAUAAGUCUCACAACCAGUAAAUUAAUCAAAAGGGACCGGCACCGCACGCUCUUCACAGUUGACUUGGUCAGUUACAUGUACUUCGUUUUCGUCUGCUAUCGUCAGCUACGUUCUUCGUCACGUCCUUCUCGCCUGCUCAAAGAUGUCUGGUGUUUUCCAAAAGCUACAAGAGCGACAUGGUGGCCAUGCCAGUAAAAGGUCACCCUCAGACCUUAAGAGAGGGGCACCGUAUGUCUGUUAUAAAUUCAUUCAAAAACCCAGUGAAUUUAAGGACAAGGCCACCGAUUCAUACCCAGAUCUCCUCGUCGCCUACUGCGUGGACAAGGAAACAAGCAACAAGUACUAUGUGUCCAUGCCUGGAUUAUACAAUAAUUUGACUGAGGAUGAUGUGAAGGAAUUGAAUGAACAGAUCGCCGACAAGAAGCCCCCAUUCUUGGUCUUUUAUGGGAAGGAUGGUUCACGCAAUGAUUGCGUGCUCCAUCAAUACGGCACAAGUGUUGACCAUGAGAAACUUCAGAAGUACUUGAAGCAAGAAAAAAGGUCUUCUGCUGAAUUUGAAUCUGAAGAAGCUUCAACUUCAAAAAAGAAGAAGGAAGAUUAAAACCGCCUGAAGAAUUUUCUAUUUUUGUUUGUAUUUUUUGACUUAUUUUUGUACUUGUUCUUGAAACUAAUAAUUGUUUAUUUUUGACUCCAUGUGUACCAAAUGUAAGUCACCUUCCAUUAUAUUCUGUAAGUUUCCAGAUUAUGUGGGUCCUGGUAUGUGAUCCAAUCUAGUACCUAUUGGUUCUGUAUUGUCUUGUUGUUUACAACUCUUUCCUUAGGUUAAAAUGCAUUAGUACUUCAAGCAUUUAUCAUUUCCUGAUGAUAGGUUACAUUUAUUAUUUUUCCUAAGUCGUUAUUAAACAAACAUAUAAAAAUAACACUGACUUCCUUCUCUUCUUGUUCCUUUAAAUUCUUUCAACAAUUAGAAUAAUUA